CGGAAUUUGAUCGUUCACGAUACACAAGCCGUGCGCCGACCCUCACAAUUCGAAACGAUUCGCCGGAGCCGAAGUGGAAACCGGAAGGUAAUACCACUAUAGGCAAGUAGCGCUAUUAUGGAAGAUGAAGAUGGUGAAAGUAAAGUCAUGGAUAUGUGGAGCAUUCUGGGAAAACAGCAACUUAAAGAUACUUCUAUUGGAAAUUCGUUAAAGUCGAUCGAUGCGUACGAUGCAAUAGAGGAAGAGAAGCAGCUGUUACAAUACAAUUCGAUUACGACCAAAGAUUCGCCUAGCAAAAAUAACAGUACAGGAACGAAGAUCGUGUUUAAAGGUUUCAAGAAACGUAUCUUGGCACAAGCCCAGGAGACGCAAACGAACGCGUUGAAAAAUGUGAUACAAGAACAACAGCAAUUGUUGCAUUCGAAUGCGUCGCCGAAGAGUAGCAAGGAGAAGAGGGCAGACAUCAAACGGGGCAAAAUAACUGAAUAUGCACAGUAUUUGGGUCUUCGACCGUCGUCGAAGAGCAAGUGCUCGAAGUGUCAGCCGUCGUCAAAUUCAUGUUCCACGUUGAAGCAAAAUUCGUGCACGUGCAACUCGACGAUGGCGCCUAUGCCCAGUACAUCGGAAUCGUCCACGGUGCCGCGUUCACCUAAUUUUAAGAUCACGAGGAAGGUUUACCUCUGCGCGGCAUGCGGCACCUAUUUCGAGAAUUGGAAUCUGUUUCUACACAUGAGGGACAUCCACAAACGGCAUAUAUGCUUGUUUUGCCUCGGGAUGUUCGGCCAGGCAGAGAGGCUCUCGCAUCAUCUGAUGAAGAAACACAGUGUCCCAGAGAUGUCGUUUACCUCCGUCGACGAUUUUUAUGGUGCUUUCAAGGGAUCGUGUUAUUUAGUUUGUUGUACGUGUGAGAAAGUUUUUUCGGAAACUGACAACUUCUACAACCACUUCUGUUCGCCGGCGUCUAAGCAGGACAUCGCCACGUCUAUAUGUACGUUGUGCAGGCAAACGGGUUCGCAUGCGAGUACAUGCAGCUUGGCCGUCAACGCGAGCCAAGAGGUGAAUUCUACGAUAUCGUCUGCUACGCAGUCACCCAAGAUGCUUGAGAAAGCUGUGAGCAGUGGGAAUAAGAUGAUUCCCAGGAAACUUGUGAGAAAUAGUAGAGCUAAACACGUGGAAGAUGGUGUGUCGAAUCAACAGAAAGUGAAUAUGAAAAGGACUGUGAAUAAAGUUGCUGUGUCGCAGCGGAAUGAAAAGUCGGUUUCUGACGAGGCGAUAAACAGGGAUGAAACUAUACAGGGUGCAAUUAAAGACACAGUUGCAGAGACGAUAAUGGAGGUCUCGCAAUACGUCGAAGAUUCCUGCGAGGAGAAGGAAGAGAAAGAGGUUUGUCAGAAUAAUUCGGAAUUAAAUUCAAACGAAACACCCAGCCAUAAUAUGCCAUAUGAUAGUAUAGAGGAAACUAUUAUGGAAGUAUCACAAUGUACAAAUAAUAUAGAGGAAGAUUCGAACAAUAUAAAUAAGGAAGAGGAUGUAGAUGCAAUGGAUGUAUCGGAUGUAUCUAAUAAAUUAGAAACAGUCUCGAACGAAGUAGCCAAACCUGAUACAGAAACGUCAUGUCCAGAUGAGGAUGUUGAUAUAAAAAAAGAUGAAGUCAAUGUGCUGGAAGAAGCGGAAGAAAAUGUGAUUAAAGAGAAAGCAGAGGAAACUGCGACGAACGAUUCUAAUUCUCACAUAUCCGAAAGUCCUGCUCAAAGCCCUGUGAAUAGAUCACUGUUUAGCCCUCAACGCGAAUUGCCAGCGUCCGAUUUACUGUCCAAAGAAAAAGAAGCGUCUGAGAACGAGGAGAAAGAAAACGUCGACGUACCUAAUGAAUCUCAGUCUUCGGUAUCGUUCAGCACCAGUGAAACUUCCGAUAGAAGUUUAGUCAUAAAAAUAUUUACCAAUAGGAAUUCCCAGUUUUCUGUUGCGAGCAACAGCGAUAACGUAGACAACAAUCAGAAGCAUGAAGAGAACAAUAACGCGGAAAGUUCAGUAACAGAUGAGAAACAAUCGAAUAUUUUUAAAGAGGGGAGAGAAAAUAGUAAUAAUUAUCAAGUGAACGAUGAAGACAGUGACUCCGAUAGCGAUAAAUUGGCGGUGGUAGAUAAUGUUCACGAGGAAACUGAAAUCGAAGAGGCGAACGAGUCGAAAACAGUGGUGGAAGAUAAAAGCGAGACGAGCGUAAACAUCGAAAGUGAAGAAAAUGAAAUUGGAAAUUCUAUCGAUAUAGAUGUGAAUGGGAAGGAAGACAAAGAAUUGAAAAACGACGAUGAAAGUCAGACGGAGAGCGCUGUACAAUCUCAAAUACAGUGGAACGAUGGUAUUGUAUUGGCCGGGGAUGACGUUCCUUGCAUGGAUCUUAACGUUGACGGUACUUUGGAUAGUAUAGACAUAGAAGAUUUGUUGAAGCGCUGUAUAGAGACAGCUAGCCCGUUCUGCGUUUACUGUAAUCAUGCACGCCAUAUAGCGGUGAACGGUAAACAGUUAGGAUUACACAUGUUAGCCGAACACAAAUUUCAACCCCAGCAUCCUGCCAUAAUUAUUCAACUGGAACAAUUCGUCGGUAGAGUGAAAAAGUCCCUCGACGAAUUAGAACUUCAAUUCUUUAAUUUAGAUUCUUACAGCAGCUCAAACGGUACGUACAAUGUACCGGACGUAAGGACAUACGAAUGCUUUCAUUGUAGAUUUCACUCCGCCGUGCAUAAGGAACUUUAUUUACAUAACCGAAAAAUGCAUCAAAAGACGAUCCUGAUCUGUAUAAUGUGUAAAUCUACGUUUUAUAGUUAUAGCGAGUUACUUUGUCACUUGUGUCCUGGAAUAUAUUCUCCGAACAUUAACGUCAAGUACAGGUGUUGUCUCUGCCCCAUGGCCAACCUUCCAUCCGCGUUUAGAUUAAUGGUACAUUUACGAAAGAGGCAUCAUGCGUGCGACGUAUGCUUGGAGGCGACCGGGAACCAGCAACGGCUCUCGAACCACGUUUGGAAGCACAAGCUUCAUCAUUUGUGCUACAGAUGCGGUAUCGCGUACAGAAACAAGCCGGACAUCACGAAACAUUUAUUUUGGAAACACGGCACAGAGAGCGUACUAUGCAAAAAGUGUUUGCAGAAGAAGUGGCCACACAUAUAUCAUUUUUGUAUACCGCCGACGGCGUUCGUCUGCGAGGAAUGCGGCUCCAGUUUUUCGCGGGCCGUCGCCUUGAAAGUACACAAGAGGCUUCAUUCCGGAGACCAUCCGUACGGUUGCGAUGAAUGUCCCGAACACUUCAUCUCCCGGAAGCUGUUGACCAAACACGAGAGUGCUCACAGGGAACCUCAACCGAUCAGUGCGAAUUUGUUGGACACGAUGAGUCAACCACCAGUGAUCGAUGAGGAGACAUCGGAUAAGGAUAAAGUAGCCGUAACCGAUGGCAACGCGAUUGCCUUUGAUACGACGAGGGAGAGUAAGGAACCUGUGAAAAAAGUCGUCGACGUUUACGACUUGCCACCUUUGAACUUGUCCUCCGAGAGUGACACAGAUCCUGAAGAUGAGAAACCAGAGACGAAAGAACCUGAAAUCGUUGAGAACGUUAAACCAGCCGAAGAAAACCCGGCGUCGCCGGUCGAUCAGUCGAAGUUAGUUCUCUCUGAACCAGGCGUAGAUAGUAUAGUAGAGGUGGAACAGAACGAGGAAGAAAAAGAGCAAGGGGCACAAAUUAUGGAUGGUAUCUGGGAUAAUUUUAAAACGUACACGGCGAGCUUAGAGAUGAAAGACUCGGCGAAUAGUUUCACGAUGAAAGAAUCUGAGCUCGAGAUGGACGUGGAAACGGACGUAGCGUUUCUGAGGAGUAUAGUAUUAGCCGACCACGAUUACUGUAUCGUGUGGACGAACAAAGAGAAGGAAGCGCAAUCAAAGUUGAACGAGAAAGAGGAGGGAAUUGUAAGCGGGGACCAAGAAUUGUUGAGCAAGAAGGAUCCGUUGGAUGGCAGUGGAGUUCAAACCACCAACGAGGAGGAUUCGAGCAAGAAGAAAACGAAAAGUCCGAAGAAGAAGAAACAAGGUGGAAGCACGUCGUCUAGCGAUUCGUCCAGCGACAGCGAUUCGAGCAGCUGUUCCUGUGGAACCAACUGCAGUUGCAGCAGUUCUUCGUCGGGUAGUUCUUCCAGUUCUAGUAGCAGUUCCGACUCUGACAGCUCAACUUCCGAGGGUUCUCCGAAGAAACGCAAGGAUCGAAAGAAGGACAAGGAGAAUCCACAGGAACUAGGAGCCGGACUCACCGAGCACGACAACAAGCAGGCUCUUCCGCAAAUGGAAACUGGUGCAGCGACCGUUUCCGCUGAACCAGUCUGCCCACCGCAGCUUCUGCUGCAGGAGUCCGAUCUCGAGACCGAGGAGACGGAAACGGACGAGGACUUUUACGACGAGCAUCCGCAGCAGCUCGCGAAUAAGUUGCUCGCGGAGAAACGGAAUCAGCUGAUGCUGUUGGCGGCCGUCGCUCCGGCAUCCACCGAGUCGACCAUGCCGUUGAAUAACGGUUUGACGGACACAGAAACGGCGGCACCCUCUCCGGAUCCCGUUCCACCUGCUGUGGAGGCGGAGCAGCAGACGCAGCAGAAGAAAAAGGUGAAGACGAAAAAACGGAAGAAAGGGGAGAGAUCGAAGCAGCGGAACGCGACGCCCACCAUCGAGUCUAUCAAAUUAAACAUUCCUAAAGCGUUUUACCAAAAGAAUCCGUCUUAUCCGGCUGCGUUGCCGUCGGUCGUACAGACGAACGUGUCGUUGACACCGACUGAGAACGAUAUGCACAUGACGAAGACCAAUGUCGAGGUCCAGCAAACAGUGGGAGCAACAGGUCAGGCGAUCAGCGGCAGUGGCUCGGAAGCGGAGAACAAGAGGUCGUCGAAACGAAAGCGAAUACCGAAGAGGUUCUACGGCGACUCCAGUGACGACGAAACGGAGAAGCAACCGACGCCGAAGUGGAGAAAGGUGGAGACGCCGACCUUCGCUCCGGUGCCGACCAUCGUGAAACCGUUGCCGCCAAGAUUACCUUACGGCGGCAAGGGCAUGGCGUACAGACCGAUGGAAAAUCCACAGGAGAAUCUAGUCGCUGCCAAUGCUUCCGCGACCGAAUCCGAAGAAGCUGCGGAGAGCAGCAGCGAUUCCAGUGACUCCGAGGUGGAAGCCAGCCAGCAGUUGCAUCCGACUGUGAGCAACCCUCCGGCGCCAGAGCGCCCGGUCAACCUGUACUGUUACUGCCAGUGUCCGUACGACGAAGUGUCAGAGAUGAUCGCGUGCGACGCUGAGGAUUGCCGCAUCGAGUGGUUUCACUUCGAGUGCGUCGGGAUCAUGGUGCCACCGAAAGGCAAGUGGUAUUGUCCAGAUUGUCGGAAGAAACACGGUAUCGUGCAAAAUAGCGAGGACUACUUCGACUGAUAGCAGCCGCUGAUGUCUGCGUGUUGAAUUUACUGUCUAAUAGGCAUACUAGGGAUACCCGUAAGUAAUAUAUGAAUUGAGAGAAGCGGGUAACUCUUAUACGUGUAUAGAGGUGCUCGUUUAAGUGUCGCGUGUUCGGUCGUUUAUCUCGGGAGAUCGGAGCUCCACGAAUCAGCCUUCAUUUCUCACGGCAUCGUUUGUUUAAAUACGUCGAGGACAAGAGUGAGAAAUGUCUGGUGCAAAAUAUAGAAAAUUAGAUAAAGGAAUAAGUGGACGUCACUUAGACGGGUACUGCUCUGUUGGGCAAUGAAUGUUCAAUUCUCUCUCCAUUUCUUUUUCUGUUUCUCGAAGCUGUUUAUGUAGAUGGACAGUGAAGUAUUCGAAUUAUUUAUUGGAUACCUGAGAGGAAAAAGAUACUCUUCUGGUUGAUCGUACGACUAAUUGCAGAGAGAUUUGGAUCGCUCUUUAAAGGUCUUAAUGUUAAGAAUAUGUGAUAUACUACCGAAAUACCGAAUAUAUAUUAAACAUUUUUUUAUUCAAAUAAAUGGUCGUACCGAUUAUACGAAUUCUGGGUUGAAAAUAUUGCCUAGGAAAUUAAAUAAUAUAUAAAUGUAAAACCACUGUGCAAUCGACUUUAACACUUUUAAAAGUGAAUAUUCUCAUCUUUCUCUUUAAAGUACGGAAAUAAUUAUUUAGGCCGUAUAAGGUAUUAAUGCUGUCUAAAGAAUUUUUUAAAUCGGAUGAUUCGAGCAAACAAUUUUCUAUAAUCCAGCUUAAUAUUAAACAAAUUAAAUAUCAUUGUACUUCUCGAAUUGAAAAAGUCUUGAAAUACUUAGAUAUUUGAAUGUAAUCUAAUGCACUUCUCUCGAAAAGAAAUUUGGAUUGAAUCUCCAAAGAAUUAUAAUAAUUUUGCGUGACAGGUAAUCUUCUACUCGAGUACAAAUUAUCAGAAAGUAAAGAAAGAGAGAGAGAAUCGAAGAGUCGUCGCUAUUUCCGAACGUUUUCUUUCUUUCUUCUCAGUCAGUGAGCAAACGACGUGUACACUGUUCCAUGUUGAUAUUUUUCUUAAGUCGAGCCUAUCGACGAUGAUAACGAGAGAAAGGGGAAAAAGCGAAUGAAACAUUUCUCUGUACAUAAUAUUGUAAAUACGUCUUAGAGUUUAUAACAGUGAAGUAAGGUUUUUUGUGUACAUUUGUUUGUACUUCUUUUAAAAACGACGGAAAAAACUGCGCGAUGUAUAAAUUUAUUGUAGCCGGUAAGCCAAUUAAUAGCGUUAAUUAGAGCGCGAUCGUAGGCUACGUCGUAGCGAGCGAGAGAAAAUUCUUCGAGCCUAGCGCGAGAGGGGAGGGCUGUGUUCUUCAUCGUCAUCGUAAUCAUCGAUUCGAAAACUGCGAUAACCGCGACUGAUAAACUGUCGGCACUGCUGGCGGUGUCUGGGUAUAUCCCUCGUUUAGACGAUUAUUUCACUACACACGCUUUUUCGAAUCGUCUCAAAGAUGCUCAGACAGAAUUGAGUGAAAAGUAACGCCACCGAUCUGCUCAUCUUUUAUCACUCUCCAAUGCCUAUUUUCAGUCGAUGCAUACCAUGUUACUGAUAAGUAACACAAUUGUCUCAAGUGCUUUACUGUUUUUAAAAGGAAGGAUCUACCAGUUGAUUUUUAUGGGACUCACGCACAGUCGAAGGAAUUAUUUUUCAUUCAAUUCGCGUGUACUCUGUGUAAGCUUUAUUCACUCGCUUAAUUAGACCGCGAACCUUGUUCCUAUUCUCAUUUCUUAAGUUUCUCUUUUUUUAUCGCUUGAACUUUGACAAAUUUUUAUAAUUACGCGCGUUCAAAACUUAUUUGCCUCUUUCGUUCUCUUUUUUACUUAGUUCCGUAUUUGGUAGAAAUUAAGUAGAAUUUAUAGUGUUACGUUGUGCUACAUGUUUUAAAGUGACCGACGAGUUAACGCGAUGCGCGUAUUUUAUCGUUUUCUAGUCUAGUUUCUCUUCACCCUUGUUCUUCGCACCAUUCAAACACCGACGAACACCUUUCUUUUAUAGUUAAUCGUAUGUACAACUACCUAGGCACCUUAUCGGAUUUAGAUAGCAACUGAACCUGCACCCUGCACCGCGAACGUUUCGCCUUUCUUCAACUACUAUUCUCACGAUUUUAGUUUAUCAGAAACCAUCGGGACGCAGGUACGAUGUUUUAUAAGCGGGUGUAACGUAACGAAAAACAAUUUUGCUGCUGUGCUGUAAGCGUUAUUCCAUUUCAUUGGUCGAAACUGUUAUCAAAAUCAGUCGCGAUAAAAUGCAACGAGAAAACAACAAAAAGAGAAGUCAGUCCGGAUCGAAAGGUAACGAUUGUUUCUUGUCCUCCUAUACAUUAAUUUAUUUAAUUGUCAAACGACUGGAAAAGAAAAUUCGUUCAUUUUAUCAUUUAACGGUUCAAGGAAGAAACGCGAAUAAGAUACGUCGAUGUUCAUACGUGUUUAAUAGAACUCUCAGUACAGUAAUGAUAAUGUUAUUAAAUAUGGUAAAUAAUAAUCGACAUUAACGUGCCAGCAAUGUAAAGUGAUGUUACGGAUUUAAUUGAUCGUCAUCGUCAGCCCUCGUUUCCGCCGGCAACUCAAUACCCAUGAUGUCCGCGAUGAAAUCUUUGUAAGAUAUGCUCUGUAUCAUAAAAAUAAUAAUACACUACUUUCGGCGAGCCUAAA